AUGUCGGCCCCCAAAGAUGCUGCUCCUUCUUCGUGCAAGGUUAUGCUGUCCAAGCACGUUGCCAAUCGUUUGGUCAGCGAGGUCCAAGAAGGCCUUAGGACUCUCGAGAAGCCGCCGCAUCUUGUCGGUUUCCUCGCGAACGAUGACCCUGCGGCGCUGAUGUAUGCGCAGUGGACACAGAAGACCUGUGAAGAGAAUGGUUUCAAGUACACCCUCCGUGAAGUCGGCCGCGACGACAUCGAAGAAGCCAUCCUUUCCGCCAACACAGACGCCGAAGUCGACGGUAUCAUCGUCUAUUACCCCAUCUUCAACAACCGUCAGGAUCAAUACCUGCAGCAGAUCGUGGAUGUCGGCAAGGAUGUUGAGGGUCUGAGCCACCGCUACAUCUUCAACAUGUACCAGAACAUUCGUUUCUUGGACCCGGAGACCAAGCGCCAAAAGUGCAUCUUGCCCUGCACCCCGUUGGCCAACAUUAAGAUCCUCGAGCACCUGAACAUCUACAACACUAUUCUGCCCUACGGCAACCGACUCUUUGGUCACACCAUCUGCGUUGUGAACCGCUCCGAGGUUGUGGGACGUCCCCUUGCGGCUCUGUUGGCCAAUGACGGUGCCUGUGUGUACAGUGUUGAUAUCACCGGUAUUCACAAAUUCACUCGUGGUGAGGGAUUGAAGAAGCACAGACACGAGGUUGAGGUUCUCGAGGGAGCUACCCUUAAGGACGUUGUGCCGCUGUGCGAUGUUGUCAUCACCGGUGUCCCUAGUGACAAGUACAAGUUCGAUACCAGCUUGCUUCGUGAGGGUGCUGUCUGCGUUAACUUCUCAAGUGAGAAGAACUUCGGUCCCGAGGUCAAGGAGAAGGCCUCCAUCUAUGUUCCUUCCAUUGGAAAGGUGACUAUCGUCGUGUUGCUGCGCAACCUGCUGCGUCUAAUUCAGAACCGCCGGGCGGAUGAUGUCCAGCCUGCUGCCGCUACUGAACGCCCUGGAACCCUUGAGGCUGCUUCCUAG